AUGGAGCCGACGACCCAGUUCUCUCCAAUCGACACCGAAUCAGCGGCCACAGAGCAGCAACUCAGGUUUUCGCCUUUGCCAAAGAUAGCCGGCUUCAGAUCAACGAGAAGAAGAGAGGUGCCUCGAAAGGGUUCUAGGGAUUUCGAAACGAAGCUGAAGCUGAAGAGAGGUGCCUCGAAGAAGAGUGGUGCCUCGAAAGGGUUCAGAGCAACGAAACAAAGCUGA